CUGGUCCUCCCUGUUCACCAGCCUCACACUAAAACCUUAUCCAUCCACCAAGCAACCAGCAGCAGCUCUCUUCUCUGCUCUUUCUACCCGAGAAAAGAAAACAACAUGGGUGUGCAAAAGGUGUACUUGGAGAAACUAGCAUGCUUCUUCCAGAUCCGUCACCUGUUGCUUCGACAGGCUUUGGCAGAGUGUCUGGGCACCCUCAUCCUUGUGAUGUUUGGCACGGGUGCAGUGGCCCAGCUGGUGUUGAGUGGCGGGACUCACGGAAUGUUUCUCACUGUUAACUUCGCCUUCGGGUUCGCUGCUACCUUGGGCAUCCUGGUCUGCGGCCAAAUAUCAGGAGGACAUCUUAAUCCUGCCGUGACCUUUGCCCUCUGCCUCCUUGGACGAGAGCGCUGGAGGAAGUUCCCCAUGUUCUUUCUCUUCCAGACGAUCGGCGCAUUCUUUGGUGCUGCCAUUAUCUUCGGCAUGUACUAUGAUGCCCUGUGGGACUUCCCUGGAUGUUUCAACAUGACCGGCAACUCACCUACAGCUGGUAUCUUCGCCACGUACCCCGGGAAGCAUCUGACUAUCGUGAAUGGCUUUUUUGACCAGGUCAUCGGGACAGCUGCUCUUAUAGUCUGCAUCUUGGCUAUUGUGGACCCAUACAACAACCCCAUCCCACAGGGUCUGGAGGCCUUCACCGUGGGCUUUGUGGUUCUGGCCAUUGGACUGUCCAUGGGUUUUAACUCUGGUUACGCCGUCAACCCCGCCAGAGACCUCGGACCUCGUGUUUUCUCUGCGAUGGCUGGUUGGGGCGUUGACGUUUUUACUUUCAGAAAUGGGUGGUUCCUGGUGCCCACGUUUGCCCCGUUCAUUGGCACUCUCAUCGGUGUAAUGGUGUAUCAGGUGAUGGUGGGUUUCCAUGUGGAGGGCGAAGUGCGCGAUCGCAAAGCUGCACAGCAAGAGAACGAGAGAGUCAGGCUAACAAACGUAACCACCAACAACGACCACAGCAAAGAGAGCAACAAAGAACUGCAUUGAAUCUCUAAUUGUUUUUGCAUUUUGAGGAAAAAAACUUUUAAAACAAAGAAUUACAUUAAUUCUAUUAUUAAAUAUUUUGUAUCUUGCAGUAUUGUACUCUUCAUGCCAUUGUAGUAUGCUCAUAGCUUUGUAUAUUUUUUUUUAUGUUGUUGUAGAUGUGUUUUGACCACUUUUAAUUUCCAAAAAUGUGUAUAUUUAAUCUGUACUUGAAUCAUAGUCCACUGCUUUUCAAUGAUAACUCUGUGGUCCAAACAAAAACGUUUAACAAUACUAACCACACCUGGCGAAAAGCAUUCAAUUUAAAUUCAUAAAUGCUAGGAUUUGAUUGUUUAAAUUGAUUGUUGUAAAUUGUUAUCUUAGACAAUUGUUUUUCUGUGGUUUACUAAGUUUGUGGUUUGGGGAAAUGUGUAUGUAGGUUAAGGGGAAAUGCUUUUGUUUUAAUACAAUAAACAUUCGGUACCUUUCAUGACAUAAAGGUGGUUCGUGUUACCUGCUGUUCCACUUUUCAGUUCAUUUCUAGUGUAGUUUCCAUGUCUGUGUCUGACUGUGUACAAGUUUCAACAGGACACUCACUCAUAACCAAGUGUAUGUAACUUCAAAUAAAUCGCACACAAACACCUUU